CCACAGAUGGAAACACUCAAACUAACGCACCAAAUACUUGCCCAUGCGGCGUGCCUAACAGAAGCACAAGGAUUGUGGGCGGUGUGGUGACAGAGAUGAACGAGUACCCUUGGCUGGUCGGUCUGUCCCAAACUGGUGAUAAUGUGAAUCAUCCCUUCUGUGGCGGAUCUGUCUACAACGAUGAGUGGGUGGUGACAGCAGCCCAUUGUGUUGAUGGCAGCAGCCCUUCUAGCGUGGAGAUCCUCUACAACAUGUGGGACUGGACGUCUUCCACUGCGACGCAGAUCGUCAAAAGGUCCGUUGCCGAAAUCAUCAUGCAUCCCCAGUACGACAGCACCACGAUUGACAACGACAUCGCCCUCAUUCGUGUCUCCUCGCCCGUGAACCUCGACUUGCUUGGAAUCAUGCCCGUAUGCCUCCCAUCUCCCACGGACAGUUUUGAAAACCAAGACGGAACUGUCACUGGUUGGGGAACUUUGUCAUCUGGUGGUAGCCAGCCGAAUAAGAAUUACGAGGUCACGGUGCCCAUCAGAACAGACAGCGAAUGCAUCGGUUCUUAUGGAAGUGAAUUCACAGUCGAUAACAUGAUCUGUGCUGGUUUUCCCUCGGGAGGCUCCGACUCCUGCCAGGGCGACAGUGGCGGUCCCCUCACAGUCGACGUUAAUGGCCAGCACUAUCUCGCUGGCAUAGUGAGCUGGGGAUACGGAUGCGCUUCAGCUGGCUACUACGGCGUUUACACCAACGUUCCCAAUUACAUGAACUUCAUCCAGAAUAAUGCUAAUACUGGGAACUUCUGCUAAGAGGAGCUGCGAGAAUCCAGAUCGAUCUUCAACAGAUGACGACUCAUGCCAACGAGAAGCCAAUCCAAACAUGCUGAUGACUCUGAACGCUGAAACUGAUAUCAACGAAAGCCGGGGA